UCUAAAUGCCUGUUUUGGUUUAACAUAGUGGCUUGCUUUACUUUCAGAUAAAUUGUCAUUGAAGCAAAACCAAGAUAUGAGAAAUGUGAACUCCCUCUUUCAACACAACCCAUUGUGUUCAAAUUCAUAAGCAAGAAAGUUAAGCGCCCACCUUCCUCUUUAAGGAAAUAUAAAAGUUGUUGCUUUGAAAUAGAAUUCACUGCAUUCAGACUUUGAGUGAUAACUGUAUUCACAUCCAACCGGAUCUGCAGCCCCCUUUCAAAAAAUUCUUUCUCCUCAGUGGUGAGAAUUACCCCACCUGGGAUUCACUCUUCAAAAGGCUCAAGAAGCCUAUUCAUAUGAAUGAAACUGCUUUCUUCAGGGCAGAUGCGGAAGCUGCCCUCCAGAGGGCUUGGGCAACCCGAGGAAAGGAAAUCACCUCUGUUGGCAGUGUGGCUGCUGAGACUGCCGGGGGCUGCUGCCUGCUGCCUCUCGUGCCUGUCCUCUCCAAGAUGCAGUUUUUUGAUGCUGAGGAGCUCCUGGUCGAUGAAGAGGAUGAUGUUUUUGGUGAAGGACUACCGACCAGACUCCCGGAAAUCAUGUUGGUAGGAUCCCAGUCUUUUUCGCCUGGAGGGCCCAAUGGGAUCAUUAGAAGCCAGUCCUUUGCGGGUUUCAGCGGCCUCCAGGAAAGGCGAUCCAGGUGUAACUCCUUCAUUGAAAAUUCCUCCGCUCUCAAGAAGCCUCAGGCCAAACUGAAGAAAAUGCACAAUUUAGGCCACAAAAACAAUAAUCCCCCCAAAGAGCCUCAGCCUAAAAGGGUGGAAGAAGUCUACAGGGCCUUGAAAAAUGGACUUGAUGAAUAUCUGGAGGUUCACCAGACGGAGCUGGACAAGUUGACAGCUCAGUUAAAAGAUAUGAAAAGAAACUCUCGCCUGGUAGGUACUAUCCAGUCAUUAGGAUGGCUUUCAGAGCUGGUGAAUGCCCUUGACUAUCCUCAGUGGCUGCAAAUGUCCCUCCUGGAAAACAACGAAUUCCAGCAAAUUAAAACAAUUGAAAGAUACAUGAGACGCCUGGAGUUUCACAUUAGUAAGGUAGAUGAACUCUAUGAAGCUUAUUGUAUCCAGCGACGCCUCCAGGAUGGUGCCAGCAAAAUGAAGCAAGCCUUUGCAACAUCCCCUGCCAGCAAAGCUGCCCGGGAGAGUCUGUCAGAGAUCAAUCGGAGCUACAAGGAGUACACAGAGAAUAUGUGCACCAUUGAAGCGGAGCUAGAGAAUCUGCUGGGAGAAUUCUCCAUCAAGAUGAAAGGUCUGGCUGGAUUUGCGCGCCUCUGUCCUGGAGAUCAAUAUGAAAUUUUCAUGAAGUAUGGCCGGCAGCGGUGGAAACUGAAAGGCAAAAUAGAAGUAAAUGGCAAGCAGAGCUGGGAUGGAGAAGAAACAGUUUUUCUGCCCCUGAUAGUUGGGUUCAUCUCCAUCAAGGUCACAGAGCUCAAAGGGCUGGCAACUCACAUCCUGGUAGGUAGCGUGACCUGUGAGACCAAAGAGCUGUUUGCAGCCCGACCUCAGGUGGUGGCUGUCGACAUCAAUGACCUUGGCACCAUCAAACUGAACCUGGAAAUCACCUGGUAUCCAUUUGACGUGGAGGACAUGACCGCAUCCUCAGGCGCUGGGAACAAGGCGGCAGCCCUUCAGAGGAGAAUGUCCAUGUACAGCCAGGGUACCCCGGAAACGCCCACCUUCAAAGACCACUCCUUUUUUAGGUGGCUGCAUCCUUCCCCAGACAAGCCAAGGCGGCUGUCUGUCUUGAGUGCCUUGCAAGACACUUUCUUUGCCAAGCUGCACCGCAGCCGCUCCUUCAGUGACCUGCCCUCCCUCAGGCCGAGUCCCAAGGCCGUGCUAGAGCUCUAUUCGAAUCUACCUGAUGACAUCUUUGAAAAUGGAAAGGCAGCCGCGGAGAAAAUGCCACUGUCGCUCAGCUUCAGUGACCUGCCCAACGGGGACUGCGCCCUCGCCUCCCACUCAACAGGCUCCCCUUCCAACUCAACAAAUCCAGAAAUUACCAUCACCCCUGCGGAGUUUCACCACAGCAGCCGGGCCUCCCAGAAUGAGGGUUUGGAUGACACCAGCUCAGCAUCUUCCAGGAACUCCUUGGGAGAAGGCCAAGAGCCAAAAUCACACCUGAAGGAGGAAGACCCAGAGAAGCCCAGGAAACCUGCCUCGGCCCCAUCUGAGGCUUGCCGCCGACAGUCCUCAGGUGCUGGGGCUGAGCACCUGUUCCUUGAGAAUGAUGUUGCAGAGGCACUUCUGCAAGAGUCCGAGGAGGCCUCUGAGCUCAAGCCUGUGGAACUGGACACUUUGGAAGGAAACAUCACGAAGCAGCUGGUCAAGAGGCUCACAUCUGCAGAGGUGCCAGUGGCCACAGACAGGGUGCUCUCAGAGGGCUCUGUCGGGGGAGAAUCCGAAGGCUGCAGAUCCUUUCUAGAUGGAAGCUUAGAGGAUGCUUUUAAUGGGCUUUUCCUUGCAUUAGAACCACAUAAAGAGCAGUAUAAAGAGUUUCAGGAUCUGAACCAAGAAGUCAUGCAUUUGGAUGAUAUUCUAAAAUGCAAGCCAGCAGUAAGCCGCAGCAGGUCUUCCAGUUUAAGUCUUACUGUUGAAAGUGCUUUAGAAAGCUUUGAUUUCCUGAACACCUCUGAUUUUGACGAGGAGGAGGAUGGUGAUGAGGUUUGUAAUGUUGGCGGAGGUGCUGACUCAGUAUUUUCAGACACUGAGACUGAGAAACACAGUUACAGGUCAGUUCACCCAGAAGCCAGGGGCCAUCUCAGUGAAGCGCUCACUGAAGACACAGGAGUUGGGACCAGUGUGGCAGGAAGUCCUCUCCCACUGACCACAGGCAACGAGAGCCUGGACAUCACCAUCAUCAGGCACCUCCAGUACUGCACCCAACUCGUGCAGCAAAUAGUUUUCUCAAGCAAAAUCCCAUUUGUGGCAAGAAGUCUCUUAGAGAAGCUUUCUAGGCAGAUCCAAGUGAUGGAGAAACUCGCCGCUGUCAGUGAUGAGAACAUAGGAAAUAUCAGUUCUGUUGUGGAAGCCAUACCAGAAUUUCACAAAAAGCUGUCUUUGCUGUCAUUCUGGACCAAGUGCUGCAGCCCUAUUGGUGUCUACCACAGCCCAGCGGACAGAGUGAUUAAGCAACUGGAGGCCAGCUUUGCCAGAACCGUCAACAAAGAAUAUCCAGGACUUGCAGACCCAGUGUUUCGAACCCUGGUGUCCCAAAUUCUGGACCAGGCUGAGCCUCUGCUUUCCUCCAGCCUGUCCUCGGAAGUCGUCACUGUUUUCCAGUAUUACAGUUACUUCACCAGCCACGGCGUCAGUGACCUGGAGAGUUACCUGAGCCAGCUGGCAAGGCAAGUUUCCAUGGUUCAGACUCUGCAAUCACUGAGAGAUGAAAAACUGCUACAGACCAUGAGUGACCUUGCUCCCAGCAACCUCCCGGCCCAGCAGGAAGUCCUCAGGACUCUGGCUCUCCUAUUAACCAGAGAAGACAAUGAAGUUAGCGAGGCUGUGACGCUUUACUUGGCAGCAGCCUCCAAAAAUCAGCAUUUCAGGGAAAAGGCCUUGCUCUAUUACUGUGAAGCACUAACAAAGACAAACCUCCAGCUCCAGAAAGCAGCUUGCCUGGCCCUGAAAAUCCUUGAGGCUACUGAAAGCAUUAAAAUGCUGGUGACAUUGUGUCAGUCUGAUACUGAAGAAAUCAGAAAUGUAGCCUCCGAAACCCUCUUGUCUCUGGGAGAAGAUGGGCGGCUGGCAUAUGAACAAUUGGACAAAUUUCCUCGAGACUGUGUCAAAGUCGGAGGUCGUCAUGGAACUGAAGUUGCCACAGCCUUUUAAUUACAGGUUAACUGCCUAACAGCUGUCUUAAUAUCUGACCCUUUUCAUCAAGAUGGUGCUGUGGUUUUGGCUGGAAAUUGUUUAGAGCCUGAGAGACACGAAAACUAAAAUAAAAAUGUAGGCUGGAUGCAAUGGCUCAUGCCUGUAAUCCCAGCACUUUGGGAGCUCAAGGCAGGAGAAUUGCUUAAGCCCAGUAGGUUCAAGACCAACCUGGGCGACAUAGCAAGGCCCUGUCUCUACAAAAAAAAAUUGUUUGAUUAGUCGGGCGUGGUGGCGUGCACCUAUAGUCCUAGCUACUU